CGGAGAAGAGGUGAGGGCAGUGCGCGUCCCCACUCGGGCUGGUGACGUCACGGGCGCGAGGGCCACGGUGGAUGCGCUCCGACCACCCCAGCACACAGCGUCGCAGGAGGCACAGGAGGAAGAUGGUGCAGUCUGGGGUGGAAUCCACGAGUCUGGAUUCAGCCGCUGAGCCCAGUGCAGCGACACUGAAUGGAGACGCUCACCCGGCAGAGAGAGCGCAGCCCAGGGGGCCGGAGAACAACCUGUGCGCCCAGUACGAGGAGAGGGUGCGCCCGUGCAUCGACCUCAUCGACUCCCUGCGGGCCCUGGGCGUGGAGCAGGACCUGGCGCUGCCCGCCAUCGCCGUCAUCGGGGACCAGAGCUCGGGCAAGAGCUCCGUGCUGGAGGCCCUGUCGGGCGUGGCCCUCCCCAGGGGCAGCGGCAUUGUCACGCGCUGCCCUCUGGUGCUGAGGCUGAAGAAGCUGCCCCCGGAAGCCGAGUGGAGGGGCCGGGUCAGCUACCAGGAGCAGGAGGUGGAGCUGUCUGACCCCGCGCAGGUGGAGCCGGCAGUGACUAAAGCCCAGAACGUGAUCGCCGGGGAGGGGCUGGGGAUCAGCUCCGAGCUCAUCAGCCUGGAGGUCAGCUCCCCGCUCGUCCCGGACCUGACCCUCAUCGACCUGCCCGGCAUCACCAGGGUGGCCGUGGGCGGCCAGCCCGCGGACAUCGGGCACCAGAUCAAGGCGCUCAUCAGGAAAUACAUCCAGAGGCAGGAGACCAUCAACCUGGUCGUGGUCCCCAGCAACGUGGACAUCGCCACCACCGAGGCACUGAGCAUGGCCCAGGAGGUGGACCCCGAGGGGGACAGGACCAUCGGCAUCCUGACGAAGCCUGACCUGGUGGACAGGGGCACGGAGGACAAGGUGGUGGACGUGGCGCGGAACCUCGUGUUCCACCUGAAGAAGGGCUACACGGUGGUGAAGUGCCGCGGGCAGCAGGACAUCCAGGAGCGGCUGAGCCUGGAGCAGGCCCUGCAGAAGGAGCGGGCCUUCUUCCAGGAGCACCCCCACUUCAGGGUUCUUCUGGAGGAGGGCAGGGCCACGGUGUCCAGCCUGGCCGAGAGACUGAGCACCGAGCUGAUCGAGCACAUCUGUAAAACGCUGCCCCUGUUGGAGAAGCAGAUCAAGCAGAACCAUGAGCAGUGCUCUGAGGAGCUGCAGAAGUUGGGCGUGGACAUCCCCGAGGACGACAGCGACAGGCUGCUCUUCCUGAUUGACAAAAUCAACGCAUUUAACCAGGACGUCACUGCCCUCGUGCAAGGGGAGGAGGUGGUCCAGGAGGACGACAGCCGGCUCUUCACCAAGCUGAGGGCCGAGUUCUGCAAAUGGGAAAGCGUGGUCGAGAAGAAUUUCAAGGCAGGUUCUAGUAACAUCCGGAGCCAACUGCGGAAGUUUGAGAAACAGUACCGUGGCCGAGAGCUGCCGGGCUUCGUGAACUUUAAGACGUUUGAGACGAUCGUGAAACAGCAGAUCAGAGCCCUAGAGCUGCCGGCUCAGGACAUGCUGCACAGGGCGACAGACAUGGUGCGCGCCGCCUUCACAGAUGUGUCAGAGAGAAACUUCCACGAGUUCUUCAACCUGCACAAGACCACCAAGUCCAAAAUCGAGGACAUCCGCCUAGAGCAGGAGAAGCAGGCCGAGCGCGCCAUCCGGCUGCACUUCCAGGUGGAGCAGGUUGUCUACUGCCAGGACCAGGUGUACCGGGGCGCGCUGAAGAAGGUCAGGGAGGCCGAGGCGGAGGAGGAAAAGAAGUCUCAGAAGUUCAGCGGCUCCUCCUUCGGAUUCGGCUCCUCCUCCUCCGGAUUCGGCUCCUCUCAGGACUCCUGCUCCUUGGCCGAAAUCAUAGAGCACUUGGACGCCUACUACCAGGAGACGGGCAGCCGCCUCUCCAGCCUCGUCCCGAUGCUCGUGCAGUUCUUCGUGCUGUGCUCGUACGGGCAGGAGCUGCAGAAGUCCAUGCUGCAGCUGCUGCACGCCAAGGAGAACUGCGGCUGGCUGCUGCGAGAGCGCAGUGACACCAGCACCAAGAGGAGGUUCCUGAAGGAGCGGCUGGCGCGGCUGGCCCAGGCCCGGCGCCGGCUCGCCAAGUUCCCGGGCUGACGGCUCUGCCAGCCGGGCUGCGGGCGCAGUCCCCGCCUCCCCCUGUGCUGUCCCUUCUGGAGCCCGCGGCUCAGCUCAGAGCCACGCGGGGCACCAGCAGCAGCCUCUGCUCCUGUGUAAUAAACGCGUGCGGCCUCUA